AUGUCUGUGAGCUUCAAAUAUUGGGAGGACUGCGUGGACGCAGAGGAUAUGGAAUUGCUGUGGAUGGAUCCAGACGUAAGCAAGGAGUGGACAGACGCUGGAGAAAGUAGAGGGAAAAAAGUCCUCCUCUCAAGAGAUCCUGACGGUCAGCCUUUUCUGACGCAAACGGAAAUGAGGGUAAAGUGAACAUAUUUCUACCUGUUUACAAGGUUUUUUGCUCAGAAAAGAAGUAGACUAAUCUGUAUUAUUAUGAAAGGGAGAAAUAAAUUGAACUAGUGUCUCACUUGAGAUACGGUAUUGCCAGUGGAUAUGUUCAUCCUCUUAGUUGCAAAAGAACAGGCUUGAUAGUUUGCUAUCUGAUCAUUAGUGGAUUAUUAUUUUUUACAACCUUUUUUUUAUAAUGUAUCACGUUGUCUCGUUCAUAUUGCAUACGGAAAAACUUAAUCGAGUAUAUUCGUGUACUAUUGAGCAAAGUCGUGUAAGAUUAUGGUGAUUACAAUGUCUUCUCGUUAAAAUUCUCCACAGACUUCUAGCUUUGGUCUUUCUGUUGUUCAACUUAGAAAAAUUACUGGAAGGUCAACCUUUUGUCACCUCACUGAGGAUUUCUAAGUUUUGAAUAUUUAUAGGUUUUUCAGGAAAGCUGCAUAAACACCCAUAGUAUGUAAAACAUAUGCAUAUACCACCAAGUAUUAUGCAAUUGAUAAAUUCCAUAAAUAUUUAAAUUGCUUUUUGGAUACCUCAGGUCAACUUACAAGAAAUACUUUUACCAUUGAUUCAGGCAGUGGCGGGAAUUAUUGUUCGCAGACACUUCCCAUCGCAGCUGGAACCAGUAAUUUCUGUUCUCUAAGCAGACAUUGUUUUUGUAUUACCCUUUGAAUAUCACUUUAACAGUAGUCUCAUGCACUGGCUUACAAAACUUGUAUUGUAGAGCAUCUCCUAAUAUUUAUGGCUUCCUUUGUGCAUGAAAGAAUAGCCCGGAGUCACUCUUAAGGUUCUUGCUAUUAUUUCUGUAGACAAAUAAUAAGCUAAUUAUUCUUAUUACUCUGCCUUUGAGCUCACCACUAGGACUCUUUGAAACAGCCUGAACUGAGAAUGAUUGAGAAUUAACGAAUCCUAUCUGAGACUAGAAAUUUUCAUAAGUAUUUAUAAUUGGGUGAUUCUCUCUCUGAAUAAAAAGCCAAUAAAAUAGCUUCCUAUAGUUUUUAUUAUUAUAUCUGAUGCUUGUAAUUUGAUUAGCCAUGUUCUACGAGCCACGUUUGGAGGUAUGAUUAUUUGUCCCUGCCUGAUACACCGGCCCCACCGGUCCCACCAUCUCCAUGACCUCCCUCCUGCCACUGUAGGCACUGACACGAAGGCUGCCACCGAUGAUCUUCCCCAGUGUUGUCAGGUAGGGGGUGAUCCCAAAGUACUCCUGCGCACCACCGUAGGCCAGUCUAAGAAUAAAAAAGGUGAAAGAUUUGUGGAUUCUUUUGCAUGUUUUAGGGAUCUGCCACUGAACCGCACAUCUGUCAAGCCCUUUUUUGAUUAUUCCUGUUCUCAGUUUCUUUUUAUUGAAGUUACGCCUCUGUUAAAGGUGGUAAGCAUGCUUUGGGUUACACUAUUCAGAUCCACAAUCAGCUUUCUCUUGUAGGCCCUUCUGUACUAUUCUCUCUGUUCAAUUUUUUGAAGCUAUUCUUAUUUUCAAUUAAUUCUUGACACUAUUAAGCCAAUAUAUCUCCACUAAGCAUGCUUGAUUUCUACUGCAUGUGUAACUAGUUGACCCCUGUCAAAUAAAGUUGAAUAGUUAUUUGCUGAGAGGACACUGUGAUAUGUUUGAUAGCAUCCUCAUUUAUUAUUUCUUCACUUCUCAUGCGCUCCCAGUGUGGUACAUUUGCAAAGUUUCGUUGCAAAAUCAAGAUAAAAAUCAUUUUUUUAAAAGUUUUAUGUUCAAAUUUAUAACCUCAAUUUUAUUGUUUUUUUUUUUUUUGGGGGCGUUUGAGUUGAUAAGAUUCUGGCAAUGGUAAAAUUAGCAGCAGUAUGGGAAAGCAUAGGAAGAUCCCUCAGUUUUUCAUCGUUUGAAAGUGAAAUGGUUAAAUUUUGCAUAGGUUUUAUGUGUUUAAUCUAAUCUACAUUUCACAUAGGCAUAGAAAUUGGUGUUCGGAUGGGUUCUUGUCGGUAUUCUUCCAAGUAGGGGGUGGGAUCCUGUUCCCCUCCAGCAAAUCCCUCGUCCACUUGCAAAUUUUAUUUUCCCUCUGGCUCUCUUUCCUUCUUUGGUUUGCCAUUCUUUUCUGACAUGCCAUUGACAAGCAGAAGCAUGUAAUCACUACCUGAUAAGCCCCUGGUAUCUCAAGAUAUUAUUGUCAACAGUCACUAGGCAGCCUUUGAUGCCUCAUCUAGUGCCCUUCCUGGUCAUCCCUAUUUCUCUUUACCCUGCUAACCUAUGUACCCAAAUACCCAUCUUCUUUCCUCCUCAGGCCGACAGACAGCUGACGCGUGGCUAAUUCAUCAGUAUCUCUUCCCCAAUGCUUGAAAAACCUCGCAAAGAAUUGAGAAAUAAGGCGUAGCAUGCAGAUCAGAUGGCCAGCGAGAACAAGAGGAAAAUAUCCCAAAAACAGAAUGACAAUCUAUGUAAUCGUUGCAUGGAUGGAAACGAAAAGUUGUUGCGCUUUCUUUAUCGUCAAGAGAUUGAUUUUAACGGUUCAAACUUCCACACUUCGGAUUCUCAUGUUCAGAGAUGUGGCAUUACCAUGAGAACAACGCGUCAAAGUAAGAGUGCCAGUGAUUUAUUUGUUAUGCUUUGUAUACUUAUUAUAUUAGUUUCCAGCAAAGAUGUUCAUUUAUACGAGAAAAUAUAAAUUCCUCGUGGUUGAAUAUUUCUCUCGUCUUCAUUCAUGCAGAUUUGCAUGAUUCCUAAAACUUGAUGAUUCAUAUAUUUUAUUUUUAAUGUUGAUUUGUGCAAUGCUCAUCCUGUGUAUAACAAGGAUUAAUUUCUUCGUAUUUGUCUUUCAACAUAUUUUUUCCAUUUACCUUUUUCUGCAGGAGAUGAUUUGCGCACUUGCUGACAUUGAAAGUGACAGACAGCCUCUUGCAUUGCGACAUGAUAAAAAGACGAAAGAAACUCGGUUAGGGAUAAUGGUAGUGUCUCAAAAAACUGCAGAAUGGCUUGUUCGGUAUGGAUCAUGAUAAUUGUCAAUCACAUAAGGCAUUGAAGUGUUUCUUUAUGGCAUAGUUGCUGGAAAUAUAUGCGAGUUAUUGUGAGUGGACUUUUCAGGGAGAUGGGUUAUCAGAGUUAUCGAAUUGAGGGCAACCCGGAGCUGCUUUACAGGCCUUUCAUCAAUAUUUAUUUUGGUGCUGCCUAUAUACAGUGGUUGUCCGGUUAUGAUGGAAAGUAAGUUUGUUGCUAUUGGCAUUUUCUUUUCUGUGCCAUCGUCUUCUCGUCAUUAUGUAUUAAUUUUGACCCUAAAAAACUAGUUCUAAUUUGUGCAGAAAAAAGAAUGAGGAAUUUAUUGUCAGAGCUUACCGAGGUGGCACAAAGAAGGCGACUCACAAGUCAACAUUGGAAUACUUCCAGAGAUACCUCUCUGCCAAACGGAGCUUGCCCUCAUGGAGGUUAUUUUUGAACUCCAAGUUCUCAUUAACCAGGCAAUAUAGUUAUCAUAAUGGACAUUUGACGUCAGCAAGGCGUUGAUAGUCCAGUGGCUAGAGCUGGUACUGCCUGGGGUUUGGAUUCAUGGGGUUUAUACUAUAAAUGGGUACUGGUCCAUUAAUGCAGGUCAAAUUUGGGUUGAUGAGUUUCAUUUUGGAGGCUCAUAUUUUUUAUGAUCAGUUUUCAUCAAUGCUGGUUUUUCAUUCUAGUUUAUUUGGACCAUUUUCACCCCAAGUUGUGCUAGUUAAGCUCUGGAUUGUGCAAUCUUGUGUAAUAAUCGAAGACAUUCCAUCUUGAAUGUAUUCAUGACGACUAAUACACGAAAGUGGUAACGGAUACCUUUUAAUUUGGGGUUAUUCAAUCAUUUGCCAUUAUAUUGGAAGAUUAUUAAAAUUCUUUUGGUAUUCUUAUUCCUACGCAGAGAAACACAAACGUCUGGAAAUACAUCUUUGAUACCUGAAUCUGCUGGUGUGGCUGUACCUAGUUCACUGGAGACAGGUAGUCACUUUUCUUGGUACAAGAGAACAAAUUUAUUGAUUAGGUCAUACUUUCCUAACCGAGUCAAGUUCAAAAAUAAUAGAGAUGCGGACAUAUAGAUGUGAAGGCAUGUGUAUGUUAUAUGUGAUAUUUUCUCAAACUAAGAUAUCAUCAACCAAAGAAAACCAGUGGAGUAUACCGUUGGGCCUCUCCAAAAUGGCCGUACACCAAAUGACAGCCAUCCAAGGAGACAAUCUAGUCUUCCCUCUUCAUUAACAUUACGAGUGCUUGUUGUAAAGAUCCAAUAGUCCCGUACCAUGAGUUGGUUGUGUCCAGAAUCAACUUACUUGUGGCAUCUUUCCCUGGAAUAUGUCAUUAAUGCAAAGGACGGAUUAGCCAAAAAAAAAUUCUUUGUCAUUUGACGAAAAGGGCUCACAGUUGUUCGAGGUUUAUUUUAUACUAGUAAAGGGGGGGUUUUUUUCUGAAGCUAUCUAGGUAGCAAAAUUGUAUUAAUAAAAAUGUCUUAAAAUUUUUGAGGUAAUCAAUGCUAUGAAAUUCAAGACUACCUGUACAUUUAACCAGAGCCUAAAAAGUUAGACCAUACUAAAGACAAAAGGAACAUUCCUUGAUAAGCAAGUGGUGAAGAGACAUUUCUCCGAAUAUCUCCAUAUUUGCAGAAAUUACUCACUUCUCCACGAUCUUUCAGCUCUAUUAAUGAUUUUCUUUCUAUGUUGUUGGCAAUUUUCUUCCGCUUCUCUCUCACCAUCAAAAUGAUUAAAGAUACCAAAGAAGAAAGGCAAAUCAUGAUUUAGUUUGCUAUGAUCUCUCCGACUAACCUUCCUUCCACCAAAGUUUCCAAUGGACAUACAUCUUUCAGAGCAACGACAUAUUUAAAUUUAUAAUUGUGAAUUGAUUUUUUCUUCCAGAGUCUCUGUUUGGAAUGAUUUCCCUCGUAUAACUCUUAUUUGGGAUACACACGGUGAAAUCAAGUUAUUUACAAUUUGAAUUGUGAAAAUUUGAAUAUUGACUAUACUAUUGGCUUCUAGAACUUCUGUUUCAUGCUUCGAAAUCGUGUGUGUUGUCCUCAAGCUUUCUUUAGUGUGUCAAUUUUUGGGACGGAUCUUUGGAGCAGGUGACAGAUGGACAUAUUGGGACUCAAGAGCAUCUCCAGAGGACAUGGAAGAAUUAUGGAAGAACCCUGAUGUCCUUAAAGAGUGGACAAAAUCUGGGGAAAGACAUGGAAGGGUCCGUUUUUCACAUGAUGCACAAAAGAGACCAUAUUUAUCUCGUGUUGAAGUGAAGGUAUGCAAAAUCAGAAAGAAAAUUAAUUAGUGACUUAAUUUCCAGUGCCCGGAGGAAAAAUAUAUAUAUAGAGUUUUCGCUCUAUUUUAUUUUCUAUCUGGUAGGCAAAAUGUCUUUUUUUGUAUCUCUCUCUCUCUCUCUCUCUCUCUCUCUCUCUCUCUCUCUCUCUCUCUCUCUCUCUCUCUCUCUCUCUCUCCCUCUUCUCUCUCUCUCUCUCUCGCUCCCUCUCUCCCUCUCUCUCUCUCUCUCUCUCUCUCUCUCCCUCUUUCCCUCUCUCUCUCUCUCGCUCCCUCUCUCCCUCUCUCUCUCUCUCCCUCUCUCCCUCUUUCCCUCUCUCUCUCACUCGCUCCCAAGACAAACAUUUAGGCUGCUAAGAUUUCUUUCACAUUAUGUAACGGAUUGACAAGUUAUUUGUGCAUAAAACCUUAUUCAACUACCCUUAUUGGGAACACAAGAAAACCAGACCAUGAUAGAGGUAAUCAGUGAUUCUUUAAUCAAUGGCACCUUGAGAUUUCUUUUCCAAAUUGAGGUUUUCCUUCAAGUAUGAAGCGUAAAAUACAGUAUGCUGGAUGCUUAACCUGGGAGAGAACAUUCAUGUCUCAUGUGAGGUCUGCUCCUUAAUGGACAUCGUCAAGCACUAUUUAGGUUAAAUUUCCUGAGAUACGUAAACCUCUUCUCCCCCAUGUAGGAUGUCCUCUUCGGCAACCCCACAGUUCCUGAUAUACUCUUACUAAGAAAGAGAAUGUUCUCCUUAUACUCUGGGUAUUUGGAUUGUAUUUUCCUGAACUUACAUUUAUUCAACAUUCGGAUCUCUUUCUUUAAGGUUUUCUUCUUUUAAAUUGAUAUAACCUUUGCUCUCUUGGCUCAUAUUUCUCAUAUUUCUCAAGUUCUUUUGUGCCCCUACGAAUUCAGAAAUCGAAUGUCGGCUUAAAUGGUGCAUUAUAGUACUCUGAUGCCCACUAUGUGACAACAUGGUCUUUUAUGCAAUGAAGCAUAUAAGAAAUAGCAUAAGGUGCAAACAUUUCUUAGUUUAUUCCAAGAACAAACAUGCUGCUAGGCUCAAGAGUUGUGUGAAAUCCCCCGUUUCCAAUCACUCUCCCUAUUUUUAUCUUGGUUUUCUCACACGUAUUCAUUGAGAGAUUAUGAUGAUGAUAUACAUUUCAUAAUAACAUCGUCUCCCCAAUUCUGGCCAUAGCAUUUAUCAACAUGAUGUUCCAGCUGUUUUCACUGCAGGCAGUUGCUGAAAUGAUUAUUUCAAGAUAUUUCAAAGCUGCAGGAGUGAGAGCUGUAAGUUUUUGUUCACAAUACAGAGGACUAUAAGUUCCUAUGAACCAAAAUUUUCUUAGUGUCUGCAUUACAUUCUGCCUAAAAUUUAAUUCUUUUUCAUGAAUAUCAGUGUACAAGUUCUUCUGCAUUCGGCAUAUAUAUCACCCAUUUGAUGAAUAUUGUCCUCUGUACAGUCAGCAUUAGCUGCUCUCGCUGAGAUGUGCGGCAUGCGCUUUGUGAAUGGAGUACGUGCACGCACUGGAUUGAUGGGAAUCGAUUAUCCUACCGCUGUCUGGCUGUACAAGUGGGUUCAUAACAAACCUUAAGCCAAUUUAUAUUUAUUAUUAUUGCAAUAACCAUCCCCAUAAUUCGCAUUUAUCCGUCACCUACUGCGUGCAAAGUCAACCCUUCAGACCUCUUGUUUACCUGUCUUUGCCUGCUUCUCGGUUGUGUUUAUCUUAUUAUUUCACGAUUAAUUAAAUAGGCUGUGUUUCCUUUCUGAAGCGAUGUAGGUUGCAGAGCUUACAAAGUCAACUCUGUGGACGAUCUGUACAACCCAUUUGCCUCCAUGUACUUUGGCGCAUCCUAUCUGGCAUGGUUGUCAGUGUAUGAAGGGAGGUAGGCGAAAAAUUAUAUAUCAAAAAUAGAAAAUUCCCCAUUCACAACAGCAUGUUGACAAUUUAUUCGGUUGCCAAAAGAAUGUGCAUGCAGUCAGAAAUCAUAUAGAACAUUUCAGACUGGAAAACCCAUUGUCUUACAACAUCCACGUGGCAGCCAGAUACAGAGGCCCGGCCUGGGUACAUCGUAAGGGAUGCUUGAGCUUGAUCUGGGCUAGGAGAAGACUGAGCUAUUGCUUGACGUUUAUCUGUAAAGGGAAAUAUUACCCAAUUCAAUACUUUAAUUGACCCUCUGAUAAUACCAAUCUCAACAGGGAAAGAACGCAGCAGUUUGUGGUCGAAGCCUAUCUGGGUGGUCCAGAGAACGUCAAUCUCCAGGAAACGGGCCCUCUCUGGAGUAAGUUCCUAGAGAGCCUGAGCAAUUAUGAAGACAUCAGGAAGUACGGCCCAUGCUCUUACCACUGCUGA